AUGUCUUAUAAUCUAAGUUUAAUGAUAUUAUAUAGAUGCAUUUGUACUACAGAUUUUUGCUUUAACACAUGUUCCAAAUAAUAUGAAGGUAUUUCUAAAUUAUAACUAUUAAUUUAACGUGUUUUAUAUAUUGUAAAGAAUUUUAAGCAUUUCCUUAAUGUAUAGAAUAUGAAGACUUAACAAGAUAAUAUAAAUAAGAUAAUAUGAAUAGUCUUUAUAAAGAUGGAUAUCAUAAAAGUAAUCUCAAGAAAUGUUCAUGUAUAAAUAUAAAUAAAAUCUUUUAGAAUAUGAUUUAAUUUGUAGGACAUGUAUUAAUUAAUCAGAACAUUGUUUAACAUGUGAAUCAACAAAUUAUAGAAUAAAGAAUAAUUCAAAUCAAUGCCUAAAUUAAGACGGAUAUUAUGAUAUUGGAAUUGAAAUGUGCUAAAAAUGCAAUUAAAUAUGUAAAACUUGUAAAGUGAAUUCAAGUAAAUGUUUUUCAUGUUAUGAAAUAUAAAAUUAUAGAUAAUUAAAUCUUAAUUAAUGUAUUUGUUAGAAAGAUUCUUAUGAUAAUGGUUAAUUAAUUUGUGAAAAUAAACAAUAAAAUUAUUAUUACUAUAGAAUGUUCUAAUUAAUGUCUUACAUGUUAAUUAAAAAGUGAUUAUUGAACAAGUUGUGAUAUAAAUGAAAAUAGAAUAGAUUAAUCUGCAAUAAAAAGAUGUUCUCGUUUAUCUGGUUUUUAUUAAAAUGAAAAUGAAAAUUAUUCAAGUAUGAUAAAUAGAAUGUCAUUUCAAAUUUUAUACUUGUUCUAUAUAAAGAGAUAAUUGUAUAACUUAUUCUAUUUCUAAAACAUCAAAUAGAUAAUCAAUAUCUAAUAAUUGUAUUUGUAAAGAUGGUUAUUCUGUAAGUUGAUUGUUAAAAAUGUAGUAAGCGUUGUAAAUAAUGUUAUAAUAAAUCAAAUAAUAGUUUAAGUUGUUUUAGUAAUCUUAGAAAUACACCUCCUAUAUUUAAUUGCCAAUCUAGAUUCUUUGAAAACUCUAUAUAAAAUUGUGAGCCUAUAUCAUUAUUUAUUAAAUAUUUAGCCUGUGAAAAUUAAUGCGAAACCUGUUAAAAAUCUGGUUCUAAUUGUUUAACUUGUAAAUAAGGUAAACAUACUUAAUUAUAUGUAUGUUAAGAUGGAUAUUAUGAAGGUGGAUAUCCUUAUUGUAUUUGUAUUAAUUUAUUUAAUUAUUAAUAGAAUUUGAAUAUUAAUGUAUAAAUUCUCCUCCAAACUGUUUAAAUUGUAAAGGUGAUCGUAUAAAAUUACCUUAAUGUGUAUGUCCAGAUGGAUUCUAUAAUGAUUUUAGCUGAAGUCAAGAUAUAACAUGUGAUUAAACAACUAUUUCUCAUUCUCACAAUCCAUGGUGUCCAAGUAAAUAAAUUCUAUAUAUGAUUAUAGCUUGUGAAUUUGCUGUUGUAUAAGCGAGAUUCUCUGAUGAUUUGCUUUCCAUCUUUAUUAAAUCUUAUUUCCUAUUAAAUCCUAAAUACUUUUAAUCUUAAUUCGAACAUAAUAUUUGUUUUUAAAUAUUAGAUGAAAUUACAUUUAAUUUGCUUGGUUCUAAUUCCUUUUGUUAUAUUUAUCCUCAUGAUAAUACAUACUAAUUUAUACUUAUGAAUCUAUACUAAAUUAAUUAUUAAUCUUGCAGAAUAACCUUAAAUUGUAUCCGGAGAAUUAUUAAACUUUUAUUCAAAUUAAUUUGGACAUUUAAAUUUUGAAAAUAAAAUAAAUUUAUUCAUACUUAAUUAAGUACUAAAUCUUAUUAAUCAUAUCUAUCCAAUAUUAUCUUAUGAUUUACCAAAAUAUAUAUUAAAUCCUUGUGAUGAAAAUACUAAACCAUUAAUAUCUAAAAUAAACAAUGAACUUUAGAAAUUUAAUUGGAAUUAUAAAUGGUAACCUUGAAGCAUUUUUUAAUUAUAAACAAGAUUAUAAUUAUUAGAAAAAUCUAUUGCAUUUUAAACACUCCUCAAAUAAUCUAGUAUUACAUUCUAUCUUCAAUUUCAAAAUUUUGUAUCAUAACUAUUCAAACUCAUUCAGGUAAAUUUUCUACUAUAUUUUUGAUUUAAAAAAAACUUUAUUUUACUUUUGA